CGAUGGAAGCUGUAUGCUCGACUUUGUGGAUUAGCUAACAGCUCGUUAGUUAGCUCAGCUAGUUGGGGUUUGUUUGGUCACACAGCUUUCAGGAUGUCAGGGCAAGAAAACAGCGAUAAUCUCGAGACUCUGUUUUCAUUUGAGCUUUUGGUGGAAUAUAUCCGAAUCGAGAAAGAAGGUAAAGUUUCCGACGAGCUGGCUCUCGGGUUACGACUGCUGGAUUUCCCAACGCUGCUCAUUUAUCAGCCUCCGCAGAGCAGCGACGGCAUUAACCAACAAGAACACCACGGAAAGGGUCAGCAGGGAGAGUAUACUUUUAACAGAGGGAAGUCGUGUCUCUUCAAAAUGAACCUGAACUCACUGCAUAGCCAUCUAUCUAACACCCCUCUCUAUGCUAUGGUUUUGGAUGUGAAUGAGGAGAUUCCGAAAUUAGUCGGGACCUCACUCAUCUCGCUGGCUAAAGUGAUGAAGAGAAUAAGGCAGGAUGUGACUAAACAUGGCGUUUCUACUCCCUCUUCUCAUUGUGAGAGGGGGCUUGUGGGUAUAUGCAACCUCCUGGGGGAGAAAGUUGGAUCAAUUUCCCUGACUUACAAACUGCUAAGCCUGGGAGCUAGUUUACUGCCACAUAUCACAGAAAGAAGGAGCUUUAAAAGCACCAGUGUACAUGGAGGACAACAUGUACAAGAGAGCAUCAUGGAGAACAACACAUCUACAGAAGUUUUGCCUCUGUGCAAUGUCUGUUCAACCACACCUGGCAAGUCUGACCUAAACAUCCACAGCAACAGACCAUCAGAUGAGAAUAGCCUGAUAAGUGAGGAUAAACAGGACAGCGACGUUUGCGUUGCCAUGCAGGCACAAAGCCAAAUAAAAGACACUGAAAGAAGAAGUUCUGAAGAAGACUUAGCUAUAUUUUGUCCGCCACAUCUCUUCUACAGUAAUUCUGAGAAGAAAAGCCAAAAUGAAGAAGGGGAUUGCAAAUUACUGAAUCUAGACAUAGAGGCUUUUACAUUUGAAGACACAUGCUCAGAAGAAAAUAAAACUGAAGGCAUAAGUUCUCCAAUGAUAGACCAGAGAGCAAGACAUGAUGUUAAAACAUCAAGAAACCAACAGACAAGUGGGGAGACUCCAAAUGUCCUCGGGGAAGCCUUGCGACAGUUGCCUCUGCUAAAUGCUCUUCUUGUUGAGCUGUCACAGUUGAAUGACCAGAACCCACACCAGCCCUUGUCUAUUCAUCCCAGUCUUGCUUGGAUUUACAGGCCUGCUUCCACAGAGCCUUCUGCUGGGCAUGGAAACACUGCACCAAAGGUGCAAACCAAAUCGUUACAGAAAACCAGACCGGGAACUAGUCCCCAUUUAAUUUAUUUACAUUCCCCCAGAAACUGCUCUACACCUUUAGUGAGGCCUGCAUCUGUAAAAGUGAAAGACAAACAACAAGAGGCUUUGAUUGAGAGUAAAAGCUCCAGUAAAUCUCCCAGAAAGAAGCUCGUAUAUGGUACAACUAAAACAUUUAAUCUGAGGCUGAAACAAGUUUCUCCUCUUAAAGUAAACCGUCGCGAAUGCAUGGAAAUAAUACAGAAUGAAACGCAGUCAAGUAAAGGAAAGACAAAGUCAUGUAUUAAGAUUGCGAAGCUCAGGAGAAGGAAAUCAGUAUUAAAUCAGAGCUCCAGUCUGAAUGAAAAUAUUGAGACAAUGAUACAAAGCACCACUGUGCACUCUGCACGACAAGAAACAGUCACACUAAAACAGAAAAACCUGCAAGGGAAAUUUCAUGGUGAACAAGACAUAAACUCUCUGAGAAUUUCAGAAAAUCCUGCCCUUCCUGAGAGAGGCUUGAAAUGCAUUCACAUCCCCAGCGUGGAUAGUGACGCCGUUGCUCGAAACAAAGACAAGAAUGAGCAUCACAGUGAAUCAAAUCAAUCUGAAUAUGUCAGUCACAGAGAGAAAAUUGAAUCUUCAGGAAGCAGCGGACGUAGCAGCCCAAAUUCUUCACUUUCAGGCUCCAGCUGUGGAGGAAACGAGGAGGCAGACUAUGCUGAUGACUUUAACAGCCUUGAGCCCAGCGAUGCCUACUCCCCUGACCCCGGGAGUAGCCCCGAGCCCUCCUCCAGAGCCAAGACGCCCAGCAAGACUCCUGUCCGCCCAGACCUCUACAACUCUGACUCUGAGGGUUUCCAGAGGAGAGCGGUCCUCCCUGUGCCUGUCAAAGCCCCCAGCUCUCCACAGCGUGCUCUGAGGGGUACACACGUCAUCCGACCUCGAACCCACGCCUCGGCCCUCAGCUUUUCCUCCGAUGAUGGUGACGGAAAUGGGUACUUACAAAGCGCACCCUCCAGAAAACUGACGGCAGAGAGCAACAGAGUGGAAAGGAGCUCCGGCGCUGAGAGUUUCAUAUCAUCAAGAGGUCAAAGGAGCGCAUCAACCAAGAACAGCGGCCCAGGUCGAGGGGUUUCUGAAGAAUCGAUAUCCUCCUUUGAACCUCUGGAGGCAGAGGAGCUGGAGGAUGAGCUGGGCUCUCUGGAUUUCAGAAAGGAGUAUCAGCAUAUCUCUAAACUGGUAGCCAACAAGCUCCCUGGUUACACUCUGUAAAGAAAUACAUCAAGGCUACACUCUUUCCCUCAACCAAGUAGUAGUAAUGUACUGUACACAUCUAACAAGUGUGUAAAUUUGCAAACAUGUAAUUAAGUUUUCCUUUAAGUUAGGAUGUCUCACAACCUUUUUGAAUACAAGACAUGCUGUUAGUGGAAAUUGUAAGUCUUAAUCACUCAGUUAAUACUAAGCUACUGGAUAUUUGCAUAAAGUGGCGGACCAUGAGUGCUUUACAUAUAAGAGGAUGGGAAUUCUCUCUAUGUGAAUAUGCAAAUUGUUUUUAAGCUCUUGUUUCCAGUAGAGUUGUCACAAGCUGAAAAUCUCCCAGAGCUCCUAGGGAAGCUCUUGAUUUCAGGGUAUCUUCUUUAAAUAUCAGCUCCUUCUUUGCACUUCUCCCUUGAUAUUAUUUGAUAAGCAAAACAGAGACAGCUAUUUCGUGCACUGUGCUGUGUUUUGCGUGACUCAGUUGUGUUAAGGAUUUCUAUUGCAGGUUUCAGUGGGACAAUGAAACCUUACUAAUUUGCAGUGGUGGGAAUGUAUUAUUGAUUUUAUUUACUGAAGUACUUCAAUUAACUAGAAUUUUAAGGUACUUGUACAUUGAGUAUAUCCGUUUUAUGCUACUUUGUAAUAAUAUUCCGCAACAUUUCACAGAGAACUUUUUUUUUUUUUACUAUGCUACAACCCCAAUUCCAAUGAAGUUGGGACAUUGUGUAAGGCGUAAAUACAAACAGAAUACAUUCAUUUGUAAAUCCUUUUCAACCUAUAUUCAAUUUAAUACACUACAAAGACAAGAUAUUUAUUGUUCAAACUGAUAAACUUCAUUGUUUUUUUUUCAAAUAUUCACUCUGAAUUUGAUGCAUGCAACAUGUUCCAAAAAAGCUGGGACAGGGGCAGCAAAAGACUGGGAAAGCUGAGUCAGUUAACACAGUUUGUCGCUACAUCAACAAGUGUAAGUUAAAACUCUACCAUGCAAAGCUAAAGCCAUAUAUCAACAACACCCAGAAACGCCGCCGGCUUCUCUGGGCCCGAGCUCAUCUGAGAUGGACUGACGCAAAGUGGAAAAGUGGGCUGUGGUCUGACAAGUCCACAUUUCAAAUUGUUUUUGGAAAUUAUGGACGUCGUGUCCUCCAGGCCAAAGAGGAAAAGGACCAUCCGGAUUGUUAUCAGUGUAAAGUUCAAAGCCAUCUGUGAUGGUAUGGGGGGGUGUUAGUGACCAUGACAUGGGUAACUUGCAAAUCUGUGAAGGCACCAUUAAUGCUGAAAGUACAGGUUUUAGAGCAACAUAUGCUGCCAUCCAAGCAACGUCUUUUUCAGGGACGUCCCUGUUUACUUCAGCAAGACAAUGCCAAGCCACUUUCUGCACGUGUUACAACAGCGUGGCUUCGUUCUAAAAGAGUGUGGGUACUAGACUGGUCUGCCUGCAGUCCAGACCUGUCUCCCAUUCAAAAUAUGUGGCACAUUAUGAAGCGCAAAAUACGAAAAACGGAGACCCUGGACUGUUGAGCAACUGAAGUUGUACUUCAAGCAAGAAUGGGAAAGAAUUCCACCUACAAAGCUUCAACAAUUUGUGUCCACAGUUCCCAAACGCUUAAUGAGUGCUGUUAAAAGGAAAGGUGAUGUGACACAGUGAUAAACAUGCCCCUGUCCCAGCUUUUUUUGGAAAGUGUUGCAGGCAUCAAAUUCAAAGUGAGUGAAUAUUUGCAAACAACAAUAAAGUUUAUCAGUUUGAACAUUAAAUAUCUUGUCUUUGUGGUGUAUUAAAUUGAACAUAGGUUGAAAAGGAUUUGCAAAUCAUUGUAUUCUGUUUGUAUUUACAUUUUAUACAACGUCCCAACUUCAUUGGAAUUGGGGUUGUACAUUUAUAUGAAAGCUCUAACACUUUAGAUCAAUAUUUUAAAAUAUAUUAAUUGUUUAUCAUUAUUAUUGUUAUACAGUAACAAUGCAGAUAUGUACACAAAAUACAUAACAUAGUUAGAAUUAGACUAGUUCCUUCUGCUUACACUUGCAUUAUGCAUUAGUAAUGUUAGUCCACUGGUUCCCAAACUUUUUCAGCUCAAGACCCGAAAGAGAAAUCUCCCUGGGACCCAAAUUUACAUCUACAAAAUACAUCUACAUUUACAAACUACGAAUAAAGGGAAAAGCAAACAAUGUAAAUAAAAUGUAUUUAUUUUCUUAUUAAAGUAAAGAAAAACAACAAUGGAAGUUUUCAACCAGCUUUACUCUGUGUAAAAAAGAAAGCUCAUUCACAUAUUUACAUAUUGUAACAUUUUUAAGAAUUUUACUCACCCAAUUGGCGACCCAAUCCAAUCAGGGUCCGGACCUUUUUAUAUACAGUCUAUGGUCCGGACCGGUCCGGACCCUUAGUUUGGGAAACAGUCCAAUAAAAUAAUGUAAAACACUGACACUCUGCAUAAUGACAACUUUUGAAACAUUUUUUUAUUUGUAUUUGUACACAGUGCUUUUCCUCGUUUUACUUGAGUAAAGCAUGUAAAUGGAGACAUUUGCUGUAACGUGCUGUCUUUUAUAAAAUAAAGUUCAGAUGUAUUUUGCA